GGCGGUACAGGGAAACAGCACGCAGUGCCGAAUAUGGUGUCGCUGCAGCCCCGCUCCAAACUUGAACGCCUGCAGGGCGUGGUGCAGGUUUGAUGUUUCAGCCCCUUGUUGGAGCUACGGUAAAGUACACCAAGUACGGCCGCCGGGCUCGACGACGAGCUGCGAGGGCCAUGACGCAGACCGCGGUUUCCUGCUAGGCGCAGAGAAAGCUACAUCGUUACGUGAAUCACCCGGCAAGGACUGAAGCAAAAUUUCUUACAAGCAAGAUGUGUUCCGCUAUUUCAACAACACCUCUUUUGGCUAAGAGGUGCGAGUCGACGCUGCCGAACGAGGCGGACAGCGACGUGACGUUCCUGGUGGGGCCGGACGGGUGCCGUGUGCCGGGCCACCGCAGCGUGCUGGCCGCCGCCAACCCCGUCUUCCGCUGCAUGUUCGAGGGCCCGCUCGCCUGCGGACACUCCGUCACCGUGCCGGACGUCCCGUGGAGGGGCUUUGCCAACCUGCUCAGGUUCCUGUACCAGGAGCCGGUGCAGCUGCCCACGGUGCAGACGGCGCUGGCGACGCUGUACGCGGCGCACAAGUACCAGUGCCACGGGCUGCAGCUGCUCUGCACCCAACACCUGGCCGCCAGUCUCGACACCUCCUGCGUGCUCGAAGUCUUCUCCAACGUGCGCGUCUACUGCGACAGCUUCGGCUGCGUCACGAAGGCAGCCCCGGAGGGUGACGAGUGGGCGCCCUCCGCGCCGCCGUCAGACGGCGACGAGCAGACGGCGCUGGCGGCGGACGCUGAGGAGGCGGCCGGGCUCGAGGCGGUCGUGGCGGGCUACGCGGCGCUGCGCCGGCGCUGCCUGCAGUUCUGCGACGAGCGCGCCGACGACGUGCUGUCGCUGGAGCAGCUGGAGGACCUGUCGCGCGACGAGCUGCUCGAGGUGGUGACGCGCGACUCCUUCGCGCCCUCGUCGGAGGCGCUGCUGUUCGCCGCGGUGGUGCGCUGGGCGCGCUGCCGCUGCCUCUGCUCGCAGCGGCCGCUGAGCGCCGACGACCUGCGCGACGAGGCGGGCGACGCGCUGCUGUACGCCGUGCGCUACCCCUUCAUGUCGCUGCAGGACUUCGUCGACGGGCCGAUGCGCAGCGGCCUCAUCUCCGGGGAGGACGCCGUCUUCUUCCUGGACCGCAUCAACCGGCCGGGGGCGCCGCCCGCGGGGCCGCCGCCCAAGCACCUGGAGGCCCACCUGGACAAGAUGUCCGCCCCGAGGGUGGGCGGCGGCCGCAGCAGGCGCAAGAGCUCCAGCCCCGUGGGGCGCCACGCGGGCGCCACCGCCACCGGCUGCCUGCAGAGGAAGAAGACUGCCAAGAAGGACAAGAAGCACAAGGGCAAGGACGCGGACGCCGACGGCUUCUCCUUCUACUUCCUCAGCUGCCUGUCGUGCAUACUCGACUGAGACGACGCCCUUCUGGAGUGCCUCGCUGCGCGGACUCACUCUUCCUUCGUGCUUCUUCACUGAAGUUCCUGCGACAAGCAACACUCGCAGCCAGAAGGAGUCGGAGCUCCUCUUUGUAAAUGAGAAGUGGCUGCAGAACGACAGACGAGUGCAGUAUAGACUGAACUACUUCGUGUGACGCAGUUUUCCUCGUCGAGAGAUCCAAACAUUGUAAAUUACAACUUGAGAGCUGUAGUGUCGUCUGUGCAGUGUGUCUUUCAAGAGACACUACGUGAUCAAAAGUAUCGAUAUAUACCAAAAAUUGUUGUCCUAGUUAGCCCGGUCAAUUAGAAUCGAACCUCUUCGAAUCAAACCCCUACGGUUGAUAGAUCUCGUCAUCGAGAACAACUUUUGUCACAGAUGACGUAUUCGCUGUCACUUCCCGGUCACUUUAGACAUCCUUCAGCACUCGUCAUCCCUCGGACGACGAGAUUUCACCGAAAGCUGAACCUGCUAACCAGAUGCACUGUGUACUAUACACCCCAGUUUACUGAAAGAGUGAUUUUCAACAAGAAAACCUUAAGAACACUCUCUCAAAAUGAAUAGUGAUAUUUUAGAAGCUAAUGAGGAACUUUAAUUUCGUUUGGCCUACUCCCAUUCAUACGGAGCAAAUGACUGGAUUAUAGGCAACACACAAGGCGUUCGCGCGCCACAGAUUGACUACUCUUUGCCACCUCGCUGGGGCAUAACCAAUACAAAAUGACGUUUACCAUCACUCUUAAGCGUCGGCGAACAUUUUCUCUCUGACAGAAGUUGUUCCCCUCGACGUGAUGUAUCAUCCUAGACCUCUGAUGCAAAGACGUUGAAACACCCUGUUUAUCUAUCGCUUCGAGUCGAUCUUAGAUUGUCAAAAAGAGGACAGAAUUAAACUGAGUUGUAUCACUGUUAUACAGUCUCUGCAAAGAACUUCAGUAGUGGUAGCUACUGUUGUAGAUCUAUCUGAUUUCCGAUGGUUUCGGGUGGCAUUGGUAUGAGACAUAAUGUGAUUUCUAACCAGACUGAUAAUCCCAUUUUUUUCUGUUUGUUAUUUUGACGACUGACUUAUAUAUCUCUUCAGCUGCCCCCACCGUCUUAAUUUCAACAGUUCGCUCUACUGCACCUCAAGAAGUCACUUACUACAGUAAUCGUAAUAAUACGCAGAAAGAGAUUUUCACUCUGCGGCGGAGUGUGCGCUGAUAUGAAACUUCCUGGCAGAUUAAAACUGUGUGCCCGACCGAGAUUCGAGGCAAAGGUCCCGAGUUCGAGUCUCGGUCGGGCACACAGUUUUAAUCUGCCAGGAAGUUUAAUACGCAGAAAGUCCGUAAAUCCAGUGAGACACCCGUAAAUAAAUCUUCCAUUGAUCUGUGUACACCGGCAUGUAACCUGUGUCUCGAAGAAUCCCGUAAAUGUUCCAUCAGCUCGCAGUAGAGCAGUGGGUAGAUGAAGUGCUGCAGUGAUACCACUCCCCUACAGUACAGUGUAAUGAGAUGGGAGCUCUGUCACUUUGAUGCACUCAGUCUAACUUCCAAGUUUGUUUCCGUUCGUAGGCGGUAAAUAAACCGUAAGAUCAAUGUUGCAACACUCUUCUGACACAUCGGCGUAUGGGGCAAACAAGCAGAUCCAGCUAUCUCGCCCUUACUUUAGUCCCCCGGUUACAUGAAGUUCGCGAUAUAUUUUCUUCAACAUUGUCCAAAUACUUUUGAUCACAUAGUGUACACUUUCCUAACAAAGCUGCCCCUAGCAGGCGAACUCACACACUCAUGUCACCACACAAAUGAUCUCAUGCACUCGUCAAGAUCGUAUUCUCUGUGUCGUUGUUUCCGGUUGACUUUCUAGUCCACCCGUCGGGUGAAGGCGGCUUCCGUCUGUUAAUCUCGACAGUUUCGUAUUAUUUAGUUCCCAUGCCUUAUACCUUCAUGAAGAUUCCUUGCUUUCAUAAAUCGAUUCGGCAUUUUUAAAAGUAUAUAUUUCAGUUUUAUGAAAUGAUUGUUAUAUGUAGUAUCUACAGCAAUAGGCACUGAUCAUUCACACAAAAUAAAAGUUUGUAGCUAAUAAUUUAAUAACUGUGUGGCUAAGAACUACAAUAGCAACAAACAAUCGCUAUUGAACAGAAGAAAUUCAUUUCUUGGGCUUCUGUCAUACUGUAUGUACUCACAAACUGAAAUGACAGAAAGAUAAUUAUCCAAUCAUAUUUUAAAGUUAUGUCCUUCAAAGGAUCUAUACAAAAGAAAUUAUUUUUUUUAUAUUGUCUUGAUUAUUACAGUGUGCAUUUCAAUUAACUGCCAUACUGCCGUGGCACGAAUGUUAGUUAUUCGAAAAUGACUGUUUUCACUACACCCUCAGUGCUUUUGGAGAGCUGAUUUACUCUCAGAUGUAAUUAUAUCUCCGUCUUUUGUAAUGGUUGCUGCAAUGUAAUUGAUGCACAGCGUUACAAAAUUCCUUACUCGCCUUUAUUUACUGAGUACAACUUUACAUCAUAACAAUAAAUGUAUAUUUUAAAUGCCAUUUGGAGCUGUGAUUAAAGUACUUCAGAUAAUGCUUUCGUCUGCAUUAGGCUUUAUAUGUUACCAUUUAAUGCUUACAAUAAAGAAAUGUUACUCUAUUAUAGAACUUGUUUGCACCUGUCAACUGUUUAUUGAUAAAUUCUUGUGACUCUUGCUGAAGAAUUGGUGGUUCUUUGUGUUUUUGGAAUGUCAAUGAUGUUUGCGAAUUUUACGUUUUUAGUCAUAUUGUACUGUGAGCAAAAUAUGUGAAACAGGCCACAUACCUACAGCAAGAGUUCAACAGUAUAGAUUGUUAUAUUAUGAAUGUUGAAUAAUUGAUGAUCGCUACAUGAUAUUGGUAAUUUAUAUUUUAGUGAACCAGUAAUCAGAGAAACUAUGCGUAAAUUGUAUUUUUGUGUCGAAUGAUGACCUGACAAAUACUUGCAAUGUCCAAAUUUGAGAACAAAAUUGUAUUUUUGUACAUUAUUCGCAGCCAACUUGUGUCUUCACCUAUUUCAGUCAGGUCAAAUUUGAUGAUUUGUUGAGUAGUUCCUCUCUUUCAAAGAACAUCGUUCAAUGUUUUUAAGAUAUAAACAAAAUAUUGUUGCAACUCCUGCCCAAAUAUUACACUGCCUAAAACGCUUGCACCAAAUAGGCAAACCAUUGUUUUAUGAUUUUGUAAUUUAUAUGUGGUACCUGUAUAGACCCAAACUGUUUAAAUGGAGAAAACAACAGGAGAAACAAACUUAAAAUAUGUACUACUUUUCUUGUAAAUUUGUGUUUGAUUCUCCUGUAAUUAAUGCUAGUCCACACCCUCUAUGAGGGAAAAUAGAAAAUAUUAGACUCCCAUGCCAUAUUUAUAGUAGAAUAUAUAAUGCUAAAGAGCAAAAUAUUAUGAAUGUCUUAUUGAUGUAAUAAAUGUUGAACCUACUAUUUUUAUUUUUUUUAACCUAGAAAAUGAUUUAAAAAUUCUGCAGCACAGACUGUAAAUCUUACUAGAAUCAGUGUUGGUUUUUGUUUAGAUUGAAGCAGAAUUCUUGGGUACUGCAAUAUUUAUCAGAAUCAGUACUUCAUACAAAAUAAGAUUCAUUGAAUAGUUGAUUAAAUCAAUUCUGUUCGAGUGGCCACAUGUCACAAUGGCUGUAUAAAGAGUAUUUUGUAAACAUAAUUCUCUUUGUGUACUUUAAUGCUGAAAUUUUUUUACACCAUACUUUUUGUGCCUAAAAUGCGAUAGCCUCAUCAGUGGAUGGUCUGAAAUAUUAUAUCGUUUUUGUUUUAUUUGUGCUAGUUAUAGAUUUAAAACAGUUCAUAGCCUGAUUUUUUACAUGAAGUUGAAUGGUAUCUUCAAGUAAUCUGUGGCCACAUGGAGUGAAAACUCUAAAAUCAUAGGGACUGUAGACCUAACUGUAUCACUUCUCUUUAUUUACAGAAUAUUUCACUUUAUUUACAACAUAUGCUUAAUUUUGCUAUUAAUACGUCUUCAACCAAAAACUUUGUAUUAUUUCAGAAUACCAACUAAUGAUACCUCUUUGUAUUAAAGGCAAAAUGCUUAUGGUAUAAUAGAUUUCAAAUUUUAGAGUGCAAAACGCGUUCUGCGUAUAAACUAACUUCUACGUUGAUUAAUUCGUUAUAUCUCACUACUACUAGUUAUGUGCUGUGGCAUACAAUGACGUAUGUAAUGAGGCAAUUCUGGAGACAGCGUCUAAGAAAAAACUAAACCAGACAAUUGCAAU